AUUUUAAUGAAUUCAUUAGAAAAUGGGUUGGCAAUUGUGUCACGGAAGAAAGUGCCGCGCGGUACCCUCAUAAGCCGGUAAUUCAGCUUUAAUAGAUCCAUAGCCGAAUAGGACCGUGUGCUGAGUUCAAAAAUGAGGUGCUUUAGUGUGUUUAUGCGCAAGGGCGCGUUAUUGUUAAAUGGAUGAAAACAAUAGAUGGGAACCCCCAUAUUUGUGUAACCUCUUGGUAAUCAGUAACUGUCACGGAUGAAAAAUUUAUUAUGAAAAUCUGUUAUCAAAACCAUCAAAAAAUAUUUCAUGUUAUUUUUUACGCCUCGUUAACACAAAGCAUAGCGUGAGUGUGCCGCCGUAAUUUAUGAAUUAUUCCACCGUCGAUCAUGGUUAUCAUUGCGUGCAGGAUCCUUCUAUUUUCGGAGCUACUAAUAUUUGCGUUUAUUCUUGCAGCAGAUCAAAAGUCGGCACGAUUUCUGCGCCGUUCUAUCGAGAAACAUGGCUACCAAGCCGAGCUGCACUCCGUCACCACGAAAGAUGGCUACAUCCUCACGAUGACCCGCAUUCCUUCGCCUCGGAAAACUCCCAUUCUCCUGAUGCAUCAAGUGUAUGGCUGCUCGAUUGAUUACACCAUGUUGGGGCCGGGUAAUGCCCUUGCCUUGCAAGCUCACUAUCAGGGCUACGACGUGUGGAUGGGUAAUGUGCGCGGGAACAUGUUCUCUCGCGAUCAUAUGAACUUAAGUCCUAACAAGAGCGCCUACUGGAAGUACACUUACCAUGAAAUUGGGCUCUAUGACGUCCCGGCGAUGGUGGACUACAUACUGCACCUGACUGGGCGAAAACGGCUGCACUACGUCGGUCACUCGCAAGGCGCCGUAGUGUUCCUUGUUAUGACAUCACUGCUGCCCCAAUACAACCAAAAGAUAACCAGCGCCCAUUUAUCAGCGCCAGCGGCAUUCGUCUCGAAAUCGACGGCACCGAUGGUCUCGAUGAGCGGCGAACUCCUUUCUGCACUCCAACUGUUUGAAAGCCUCGGCAUCUACGAUAUUGGGGACCGAUUCCACAGCGAACCGAUGACGUAUCUGAAGCGUGCCAUCGAUGCGAAAAUUAUUCAGGAUGAUUGGAUCAUGGACACGGCUUACUUCCUAGCAGGGGAGGAUCGAGAAGGCUUCAACAUGUCAGUAAUGCCGGAUUUGACGUCGGCUUUUCCCGCCGGAGGAUCGUUACGGCAGUUCACGCAUUACAUACAAAGCUACCGAUCGGGCCGGUUCGCCCAGUACGAUUACGGGAAGGAGGAAAACAUUAGACGAUAUGGACAUUCACAGUCACCGGCAUAUCCGCUGAACCUGGUGAAGGUUCCGAUAGCCAUAUACUAUGGCAGAAACGACCAGUUCGUGGUGGCAGAGGAUGUGGAACUUUUGGCGAAAAAGUUGCCCAACGUGGUGUUGAUGUAUUUGCAUCCGAAUCGGAAAUGGAACCAUAUUGACUUCUUGUACGGCAAGGAGGCUCCGGCUGUGUAUCGAAAACUUUUGGGUUUGGUGCGCUCCUUUGAAAAGUGAUGAUUCAAAAAAGUGUGUAUCGGUAUUUUCUAGAAUAAGCAAUUUAUGAAGCUAAGAAGUUGA